GUAGCCAGUCUAGGGACCCCUGUUACGGUGUUAUUAUUGUUUGUAUCUCAAGCGAAGUAUCCAUUGAAAACAAAAUUUAUUUUAUAGAAGCAAAGUUUCCAUUCCACCUUAAAGCAUGCGGAGUUGUUUGAUGCUAAGCUUGUUUUCACUGGCAUCCGCCAUUAGUGAUUUUCCGGCCCUAGAUCACAUUCGUCCAUCAUCAAGUCUGUUUGAUCAGCAGCAAGCUGCCACAGACCUGAUCGUUCGGAGGCUUGGGGCAGACCGGGCCAAACAGUUCACAGUGAAAGUAGUCCCUAAUGCUGACCCACAGCAUCGAGAUACGUUCACACUGAUAUCGGAUGGUAACCUAGUGUCCAUAACAGGAACAUCUGGUGUGGCAGCAUCCAUGGGCUUCUACUUCUACCUGAAGACAUACUGUGGAUGUCAGUUCACAUGGGCAGGGGAGCAGCUGGAUCUGCCACACCCACUGCCUGUCAUUGUCAAGCCCGGGGUCUCCAUCACAACAAAUGACAGGUUUCGCUAUUACCAGAAUGUAUGCACGGUGAGCUACUCCUCCGUGUGGUGGACGUGGGAGCGGUGGGAGCGACACAUCGACUGGAUGGCUAUGAACGGCAUCAACCUUCCCCUUGCCUUCACUGGACAGGAAGCUAUGUUCCAAAAGGUAUACAUGAAGCUGGGGUUCACAGAGGAUGACCUUUCCAUGCACUGGGGUGGACCCGCAUUUCUGGCUUGGGCCCGUAUGGGUAACAUGCAUGGUUGGGGCGGUCCACUCCCUCAGUCCUGGAUGUCUGGUCAGCUUGCCCUCCAACACCGUAUACUCAAUCGCACGAGAGGGUUGGGCAUGAUACCCGUGCUCCCGGGAUUUGCUGGACAUGUGCCUUUAAACAUUACCAGAUUGUACCCAAACGCAAAUGUUAGCAGACUCGGAGAUUGGGGACAUUUUAAUUCCACAUACUGCUGCACAUACCUCCUGGACUUCACUGACCCCCUGUACAACAAGAUAGGCAGUCUACUUGUACAAACAAUGCAGGAGGAGUUUGGGACCGACCAUGUUUACAACGCUGACUCCUUCAAUGAGAUGUCACCAAGGUCAAGUGAUCCAUCAUACCUCCACUUGGCAGGAAAGGCUACAUACAAGGCAAUGACAGAUGCUGACCCUGAUGCCAUAUGGCUAAUGCAGGGCUGGCUGUUCCAGAGUGGGUUCUGGCAACAAGAGCAGAUCCAGGCUUAUCUUACUGCUGUGCCUCAGGGUAAGAUGAUUGUACUGGACCUGUUUGCCGAGACGUCCCCCAUCUAUUCGCGCACAAAGUCAUUUUAUGGCCAGCCAUUCAUCUGGUGUAUGCUGCAUGACUUUGGGGGAACCAUGGAACUCUUUGGCACCAUGGAUUCCAUCAACAAGGGCCCUUUUCUAGGGCGUCAUUUUGAAGGAAGCUCCAUGAUUGGGACUGGCCUGACACCAGAGGGUAUUUUCCAGAAUGAGGUCGUGUACGAGUUCAUGAAUGAAAAUGCCUAUGCACCAGCCCCAAGAAACCUCACACAGUGGUUUUCAGAAUUUGCAAGGAACCGUUACGGCCAAUAUAACAGUGAUGCUGACCAGACCUGGCAACUGUUACGGUCAUCAGUGUACAAGGGCUCGGCUCACAUGUCUGUUGGACUGUCGGGUGGACUGCUGUUUUCGGGGCAUGGAGCAGUGCCCACCCUUGAACCUCGAAUACCCGGGGCUUUUCCGCAUGUGUGGUAUGACCCUAAAAAGUUGUACAUGGCUUGGAAACACCUGGUUGCCGCAUCAGAAAGCCUCCGAAACAACACAUUGUUCAGGUAUGACCUGGUUGAUGUGGGCAGGAAUAGUCUUCAGAUGAUCUCCGUCAAGUUCUACAUCGAGAUGGUUGCUGCCUAUAAGGCCAAGAGUGUGGACAGACUUAAGUCUGCAGGUGAAGCCAUGUUGAAGAUUCUGAAUGACCUCGAUCAGCUGCUGGGAACCGACCACCACUUCUUGUUGGGCCCUUGGAUCGAAGAUGCUCGUGCGUGGGGAACAAAUGAGGCAGAGAAAAACCUUAUGGAGUUCAACGCCCGGAACCAGGUCACGCUCUGGGGCCCCACAGGGCAGAUUAGAGAUUAUGCAGCUAAGCAAUGGUCAUUUUUGAUCUCAGGAUACUAUGCUCCGAGGUGGAAAACUUUUUAUGAAACACUUAUGAAGUGCCUGAAUGAGGGGACAAAGUACAACCAGACAGCUUUUCAAGAAAUUGUUUUAGAGACAGUAGAGCAGCCAUUCUCCUAUGACAGAACACCUGUACCUGUUCAACCUCGUGGAGAUGCAGUGGUUCUCUCUAGAACUCUCUACCAGCAAUACCAGCCUGUGAUGCAGUCCAGUUUCUAUGACAGCCUGGAAGGAUGGGCGGGGAAGGGAUCAGAGGGCUUCACCAUGGCGAUCAAUUGGCUCCAGGAGCGAUGGGGUGACACAGAGGUCCGGGUCUCUCUGUUUAACUGAGUCCUAAAGUGAACCUUCAUAGGGGAGCAUACUUAUCAAUACUCAAACAUUCCUUUUGUCAACCUGUCUUAGUUUUAUUGGCUAUGUGCGCAGCUAUCUCUUAGUUGAUCUUAGCUUAAAUCUAGAUUACUGUCAAAAAUCGAUAGGCUUUAAUCCCAUAGAUAUACUCAAGCUCUUUUUUUAUUACAAUUAUCAUGUACUAUUUCUGAAUGUCCACAUUUCAUGUGCAAUAGAUGAGUAUACUAAGUGAAAAGUAAAUGGAAGACUGUUGUCUGAAAUUUAAUAGUUAGUUCAUGCUGUUUACCUCCCUUAAUUAACACAGAAAUACAUCUUUGAUAAAGAGAGGUGUUUCUUUAUAACCUGUGACUUUUUUCAGAAUUAAAUCAUCUGAAAUAGUUGAUAUUGUGGAGAAAUUUCAAACCCUGUAGGUUUUAAUUGCAUAAUAACUUUAUUUUGCAUGUAUACUUCAUUGCGACUAAGUUGCCUUAUUGAUUUUUUAGCUCGACUUCUCAAAAACAAGAAGGCUUUACUACUCGCACCGGCAUCGGCCGUUACAUUGGCGUCUGGUUUAAGUUUUAGCGCAAGAUGGCAUUUUCACUUAAAACUCCAAUAACCUUCAUUCCAUUUUACUGUAAACUUUACAGAGUUGUUCAGGACCAUCACACAAUGAGGUCACAUAACUUCAUAUUAUCCUGCAAACAAAUCAUGGCUUCUAAUUGACUUUAGUAGGAACUUAGGUUAAACUUUUAGGGCACAUAUUGACAGGUGAAAGUUUUUGGGAAAGUUUAGAUUUUUACUAAUAACUGAUAUACCUUUCCUUCAAUUGACUUUAUACUUCACGCAAUUAUUGAUGACCAUCUUACAAUUAGGUUACAUAACACCAUUUUAUCCUAAAAUCAAAUUAUGGCCCCUGAUUGACUUAGGAACUUAGGGUUAAAGAUUUAGUGGUUAUUAGAAUGUAGUACGCCAUUGUUGGGGCCAGCUUGAGGGCAGCGUCAAACUCACCUUUGAUUUCGAAUGAUUUUAGUUAGGUUUGACCAAACUUGGUAUAUAGGAAAAGUUUAUGGAGACCUUUAAUGGGAUUGCGUUUGGGCCCCCUAGGGUCAAGGUCACUGUAACUAAAAAUAAAAAGAUGGAUGCUACUGAAUAAUUCAGGAAGAGUUGACAUAUUGCGACCAAAUUUGGUAUAUAGAAUAUAUAUGAAAUAUUUUGUUAGACCUUUCAUGGGAUUGCAUUUGGGGCCACUAUUGUUAAGGUUACUGGUACUAAAAAUAGAUAACAGUUUGAUACUGAAUGACUUUAGUUUGGGUUGACAUACUGUGAUCAAACUUGGUAUUGGAUUGCAUUUGGUGCCCCCAGGGUCAAGAUCAAGGUCACCAUACAUGCCAUAUCCCCCGGCGAGGGGAAAAAUCCCCCGGAAUUUCGAUCCAUCCCCGGUCUCCCGGCGGGAGAUAAAAAUCCCCCGGAAUUUAAAAAUAAAAAAAAACUGACCGUCACUUUUACUAAAAAUAGAAGAAAAAAAUACUGAAUCCCACAACAAAGGCUGAAAUUCUUCUUUCUAUCAUUGAAAACCUGGUUUCAUCACUUUGCGGUGUUUCUCGUUUGGUUUUUAAUUUGUCUUUUUGUUUUGAUUUUGACGGGCACAUAUUACAUCAUUAUAGUAUUCCUCUCUAAGACAAAGUAGCUUAUAGCCGAGUGUGCUGUCCUAUGACAGCUCUUAUUUUUGUUCUGUGUGAAUCUGUUUCUUCUAUAUACAUGUAUGUUAACUUUGUUUUCAAAUGUCAUGUAGAUUCAUUGUAUAGUUGAACUUCAUGAACUUUAGGUCUAGAACUUGGUUAAUUGAGAUUAUUACUUUUUGGUUCAUUUCUUUAAGUAGUAGAAAUUGUAAUCAUGUCUAUAAUCAAACAUUAUAUAGCUUUUAAGGUGUUUGCAUGGAACUUCCGUGUUGAUUGAUAACUUAUGCAGUUAUUAGGUGAUGUUUGUAUAUACAUGCACGGUGUGUAUGAAGGACCAUUGAUUUAUAUACUAUAUAAUAUAUUUUUACAAUAAAUGUAAAUUGGAAGGAUUUUGA